AUGUCGGUUGUGUUGUGGCGUGUGACAGGUACACUUCCCAAGCUCGAUCUUGACCAGGCUUUCGAUUCGAAAGAGGACAUCGCCGUUGCGGUGAAGAACCAACUGGAGGAAGUGAUGAAGGAGUACGGGUACAUGAUCCUGCAGGCCCUGGUGACCGACAUGGACCCGGACCCCCGCGUGAAGGAAGCCAUGAACGAGAUCAACGCCUCCAAGCGGCUGAGAGAGGCGGCCACCAACAAGGCCGAGGCCGACAAGAUCAUGCAGGUUAAGGCGGCUGAGGCAGAAGCAGAGUCCAAGUACCUGUCCGGCGUGGGUGUGUCCAGGCAGCGCAAGGCUAUCGUCGACGGCCUCCGCGACUCCGUGCAGAACUUCGCCGAAGCCAUCGACGGGACAUCCCCGAAAGACGUGAUGGAUCUGCUUCUCCUGACCCAAUAUUUCGACAUGCUCCGCGACGUGGGUCAAUCUUCCCGCGCGGCGACGGUGUUCCUGCCGCACGCGCCGCAGUCCGUGGCAGCCAUCCAAGCCGCCAUGCGCGACGGGUUUAUGCAGGGACAGGCGGGGAGCACCGAGACUCCCCCGCCAACCAUGAAAGAGCACACGAUGGUGCGCUGA